GCGUCUGGCGCAUGCGCAGUGGGCCGUAUGGCGGCUGCCCAGCUGAGGGCGGUUGUUGUGGGAACCGCGGUGGGUCGGACCGGACUGGGUGCUCCCGGGAGGCCGGGGAGGGCGGCUGGCCGCCCGGGACAGUCCCGGAGCCGGGAAGGGCCGGGCCGCCAUCGCUGAGGAGCGGCGUGUGCGAGCGAGGUCUGUGCGCCGGGGCCGGCACCGCAGAUGGAAAAGAAGAGUUCAUGGUUUCUGAUUUGCAUAAUAGCAGAGGCUGAACAGGCAUAAAGGAGACUGUAGUGUGGGUGAGAAGUGUCAAGCCCCUUGCAAGGCUUUGCUCUGUAAAAAGAAGAAAUGAAUCCUACAAAUGAUGAUCCAGUGUUUGGGACCAUUUUUGACUGGGACUAUCUCUUAUGGGAAGUUCGUUUGACAUUUUUAGCUGCUGGUUUUUUUAUCUACUUGGGAGUAUUUCUUUUGUCUCACUGGUUGUCUUCACGGAUAAGUACCACUUAUCGUGCCUUGCAUGCAAAGGAGAAGGUGUUUUGGAACAUGGCAGUCACACGUGGUGUGUUUGGACUUCAGAGUUGUGUUUCUGGGUUAUGGGCUUUGCUCAUAGAUCCUGUUUUUUAUGCUGACAAAGUGUAUUCACAGCAGAAGUGGAGUUGGUUUAAUUGUUUAAUAGCUGCUGGAUUUUUCUUGCUUGAAAAUGUAGCUGUUCACGUGUCCAACGUUAUUUUUAGAACAUUUGAUGUGUUCUUGGUAGUUCAUCACUUGCUUGCUUUUGGUGGCUUGGCUGGUCUGGUAAUUAAUGUGAAAUCUGGACAUUAUCUGCCUUUGAUGGGAAUGUUGUUGGAGAUGAGUACUCCCUCAACGUGCAUUUCCUGGAUGCUUCUAAAGGCUGGCUGUGCUAAUACCCUUUUCUGGAAGGUAAACCAGUGGGUGAUGAUCCACCUGUUUCACUGCCGCAUGAUUCUUACUUACCACAUGUGGUGGGUGUGUAUUUUCAAUUGGAAUUCUGUGAUAGAAAAUCUGGGACUUCUUCAUUUUAUUGUUUUAUUCUCUGGAUUAUUUGCUGUUACACUAAUACUUAACCCAUACUGGACAUACAAAAAAACUCAGCAGCUCCUCAGCCCAACUGACUGGAACUUUGAAAAUAAAGCAACGGAAAAUGGAAAUUUUAACGGUGAAACACAUCGAAAGAAGAGAAUAUAACACUGAAGCAGCUGCUUCCUAGUAGGGCACUGGAAGAAUACAAUGCAAAGUAACUCUUUGUCCAUGAACUAGAAGCUUUUGCAAAGAGCUCAUUAACGCAACUAUUCCUUGCUAGUAGAAUUCUGUAUGCAUCAGAAGUAUUUAAAAGCAUUGUUUAUGUUUCAUGUGUGCAUACACUUAAGAUUUUCAACCUCUUAGUUAUGAAUUACGCCAACAAUUUUGUCAGGUUGGACAGUAUUUCAUGAUAUAGGAGUGGCAUGUUCCCUAGUGAUAUCCUUUAUCCUAAUGCUUCAAAGUGGCUUUAUGGUUAAUUUGUCUAUUAAGCUCAGCUUGAAUCAAGUUUAGCUUAGAUCCUAUUUCACAUAUGUUGGAGACACUGAUACUAGAAAUUAUGUGAGUUGCUUAUUAAGAUAAAUUAUGACCCAAGUUAGGUAUGCAUGGUUACCUAGUUCCUGUGUGCCAUUAAAUCAUUCCAAGUGCUGAACUGGUCAGUGGCAGAAUGCAGUCAUGGCUGGGGUGGUUUUUGUCUCGUUUGUGGGGUUUUUUUGUUUUAUUUUUCUUCUAAGUGCACUUGAGGAAGAUAAUUGUUUCAGUGUUCUCUGUCAAAGUGAACUGUAGUUUCCAGGUCACCCUCAGUGUGGGGAAUUCAUAUCCACCACAAACAUGCAUGUGGGGAUGCAAGCCUUUGUCAUACUGGUGAUCCAGCUAGGUGAGUAAUCGUAGUGCUCACUUCUGGACUUGAAAUCAGUGACAUAUAAGAGGCAACGAUACAAUGUUUCACUCUUUCUCAUUCUUGAAAAGUUUGCUGGUUCAUUGGUAAAAUUAUUUUCUUUGUAGAUUCUUGUGAGCGGUUCCGUGAGUGGUUCCCGUGAGUGCUCUGGUUAUGGUUCCCAUCAUUUUUGGAAAUUCUCUGAGUUAUAGAGGGUUUUAGAAUCUGAGGUGACUCCUCUGGAGGAAAGCCCAAGUCACCUCUUUUAGUUCAAUUGUUCUUCUAGUAUUUUUAUUUUACUUUGGAGAACGUACAAAGUGAUGUUAACAAUCCUUUGCACUUUAUUUGCCACAUCACUAAAUCUUACCUUGACCUAGGGAAUAGGAUAGGCUUUUUUUAGAUAGGGGCAUAGCAAAUUGUGGUGCAUGUUCUCCUGCUGAUGGCAUUGGUCUGAUGGUUCCUGGGUGAAACUUUGGACAGCAAAUGACAGUGUAAAGAUCACGCUAGAAGAGAGUGACGCCUAGUGGCAGGAGAAUGACAAAGAUGAUGAGUUUUGACACAGUGAGAUAAAAAGCCUGACAUUUGAAACUUUGUCAUAUGUUGUGACAUGACUGUUACACAGUUUUAUUUUCCAAAGUACUAAGACCGGGCAAGCCCAAUAUGUGAAGAAUUUCAGGUCAAGACAUGUGUUUAAAGCUUUGUGUACUGAUCUGUGAUGGAGCAUAUUGUUUUAAAUGUGGAAGGGAAGCACUGUUUGGUGUAAGCAACCCAUUUUAUAAAUUUUUGGUGGGAAUGUCUUCAAUUUUAUUCCAAGUGAAGGGAGGAAGCUAGUGGUCAGGUUGCUGUGUUCCCCAGUUCACUUUGUGUGAGCACAAAGUUGUGAAGGGGAGGAAACUUCUUACUGGUAGAUCACAAAGGCAUAGCCAGAUCUUGUUGAUAAUGACGAAGUGGUGAAUGUCUGAAAUUGUCCAUUCAAAACUAGGCUGAGAGGGCCAUAAUAAUUUUACACAGCAAUGCUGUCUGUUAUCCUGCUGAUACUCAAUUGAAAAAAUAUAAAUUUUAUGCUACCUUCUUAUUUCUAAGCAGGCCAGAAUGAGGUUGCAGUGUUUUUGUGGUGUUAUCUGUCUGGAUGCCAUCCUAUAGAAAAAGGGAUUUUCUGAAAUUUGAAAUUACAUACCUCUCCUGAGGGGUUAUGUGGGGGAAAGUAAUGUUAAAAGUACUUCGGAAAAAAGCAGGGAGAUGAAUUCCUCAGAAACAGAACCCAGAAAUGUGAUCCAAAUGCCCAUCUUGUAGAAUGCAAACCUCACUUACAGGAGUUCCGUGGGGGAAGGCAGAGAAUAAGUUACCAGAUACCAAAAUCAUGGUGUGCUCUAUGCAGCUUGAAAUGUAAAGGUUCGAAUUUGAUAAAACAAGGUAAUAACUAUAAAAAUCUCUGCUGCAGAAUUCUGAAGAAUCAUAGCAUAAAAUGGAAGCAUCAGAAGGGCAAUAAGUUUGAGCCAAGUGUGUAAUUUUUAUAGUGGCUGGCUAAAGGAGGUGAAGUUUCUAUGUGCUAAAAUAAAACAAUAUGGAGGAUUUGGCUCAGUAGUGAACUUGGGUCUGCCAAAAGAGUUGAGGUGUGGUCCAAGCAGGUAGAUAGUUAUGUCAGAGGUACCAGACUUCUCAAGUUUAAUAUUUUGUGUUAAUAACUUGUGUUGUGUUAUUAAGAGCAUUUUAAAUAUCUCAUUAGAAGUAACUUUUAUCAUAAUAAGGCAGUAUUUUUAGUAUGCAUCUCAAUGUGAGAUUUUUGACACAAGGACUGUUAUGGCAUGUCUCAAACCUUUUGCACAUCUUACUUUAUAAUUAUGAAUACCUAAGAGUGUCUGUUAACCUGAACACUGCUAGACCUGCUGGAACAAAAGCUAUGCAAUAAAGCAAAUAAGAACACUCACUUUAUUUCUGUUUCAGUUUGAGGGGCGAGGGGAUUUUACAGUUCAGCUAGAAAUGUAUCAGGACAUAAAAAUACAGACAACUUUUCUUCAUGUUGAUAGCCUAGAGUUGGAGUUACCAGUUCUGUUACACAAAGCCCUUUCUUUCUUUUUAAUACUCCAGUGUUUUCUUCACUGCCUUUUGGCAGCUCCCUUCAAGAGGAUUUUCUGGUUUAUGAUUGUGGGUGACUGUCUCGUUCCUCUGAAACAAGACUGAAAAGUUCUCUAAAUGUUGGUGUCUAAUUACUCUUAUAACUAAGUGUUGCUUUACAACCCAAAGGUAGACUUGCCGUAGUUUGUUUAUAAAUUUUGUUAAUGUGAAACUAAUCCCAGUCCAGUUUCAGGAAUGGCUGCAUCAAGUCACAAGGUGUGCUGCGGCUGCCUGAUUUUGAAAACUAUUGCAUAAUAUGUUUGGGGGUGAAUUGCUCAUUUGCCUUAAGUGACUAUUAGAGACUUCAUCCUGCUUUCAUGUUGGACAGGCUUAUUCAAGGAGUGCUGUUUGUGUUACCUUUCUGGCUGAAUAUUUUUUUUUAAUUUAAAAAACAACCACCAACCA